CACAUUGGAAGCCUCUGCACCCUCUGGGAUCUUCUUCAUGAAGUGCAUGUCCACCUGGUGAGACAAAGCAGAGUCAGCAUGCAUGUCAAGCAACACGCUGCCAUUGAUGAUGCAACUGCGCAGCUCAAACAGACUGUGGAGGGAAAGAGUAGCAACGUAGGGCUUACUCCACCUCUCCCCGCCAUCCUCCACAUCUUCCUCAAACUUCAGCCACCUGCAAGAUCUCAUCCAGCUCAGUGAACAGCUCGUGGGCCACAUGUUCAGCAUCUUCCUCUGUGCCCAGAAUGAACUGGACCCGCUGGGACGGUGUAUCUGAUGAAGUGAGAGGAUGUGAGGGAGGACUCAGAGGUCACUCACCUUCAAGUUCCUCCUUCUCAUAGUGGAUGUUUAGCACUGAGCUGGUCCCUCCCUGGUCUACUACCACCUCCUCAUCAGGCCUCUGAUGGACACACAGACACACAAAAGACACGUAAGCACCCUCAACUGACAGAAAGGACAGAGAUCCUGACUCAGACAACUGGGCCUGUCACUUCCAUACUGGGCUUUGUGUCUGAGAGGCAGAGGUUGACACUCGGGUGCCUCAGCCACAGGCUACAACUGCCCCUUCGAAGCAUUGCACCAUCGCUAUCAUCUGCUGCAUACUGUAGGCACAUGUGACAGUGCUUCACUCAGAGGUCAGGUAAACAUGAAUGGAUGAAAAAGAUGUAACGGUGAAAAAGUGAGACGGGAAAGGAGAGAGCUGGAGGAGAUAGGAUGAGAGGGGCGGCUGUUUUGACUGCCUCAGCCCACAAGUAGCAUGAGUCAUACACACCUUAUUCAAUGCCACAUACACAAUUCUCCCUCUCCACAGCCCUCGCUCUCUAAUUGUUUUCUUUCUAGAAAGAUUACUGCAGCUUUGGUUGGUUUUGUGGGUGAAAUAGAAUAAUAUGCAGUAUAAUACGCAAUACCACAUUCUGAAACUCCAAACCUUUCAAAACAUUUAUUAAUUUGAGACAAUAAGAAUAUUCCAAAUCAAAAACAAAGACUCAAGAGACGAACUGGUGAUGGUUGGAUGAUUUUCAGUCAUCAGGUCAUAUGAUAUCUAAAAGUAAUGAAUACGUCUUUGCACUGAACUUGUGAGUUUCCUGCUACACAUCACUGCUCUCAACCCUUCACCGCCACCAGUUUCUGGACUCCACUGGGAGUCUAGUACAGCUCAUGGCAUGACUACCUCCUUAAAAUGAUGACGACAGGAUGGGGUCUAGUCGUAAAAGACUCCCCACAUAUUUCUUCAGCUCUCCCCAUUGUGCAUGUAAUAUCAAAUAAAGUUAACUGAAUUACUCUUUGGGGCUAUCUUUCAAUUGAAUCUCUCCUGAUUGAAAUAUGAAAGUUAUCUGGACCUGCUAUCAGUUCUACUGACUGGUGAGGACUUUAAACCUCUGUUUCACUGCAACAUGUGUGAUUUCAGGCUAAGUGAUCCCCAUUAAAUGUAGGCUUUGGGUGUGCCAGACAGAGAACUCGUUUUCAAUAAAUUUGAUGGACUUUUCCUUUUGGAGAUUUGUACAAAACCACAGUGUUUCUCUUUAAAAUGCAUCAUUCAUCAUCAUUUAAAAUUCAUUCGUCUGCUAGACUAUAAAUUUGUCUCAUUUUAUCCAUUCUGUGCUGCCAAAAUGAUUAAAAUGAAAGCUUUUUAGGAGGAAUGCCAAAUAGCUACUGUAAAGGAAGUGAGAAAAGGAACUAUGACAAACUAGUGUUGGACAACCUGAGACAAAUUUAUGAUGUGGAGUGCCAUAUAACAAAACUAAGGUUUGCAAUCUUUCACUCUCAGGCAUACUGACAUUAAAAGAUGUAGUAUUUAUAUGUUAUCUCUUAGAUGCACAUCUGCAAUUAUGUGCAGUCUACACAUAUCUCAGGCUCUUCACAUUGUUUUAGUUUGGCUCAUUUAUUGUACUGUACAGUAUUGUAUGACUGUACUAUAGUACGGUUUGUGAUUGUGUUUCUUUGUGUGCUUCUUUUAUUUUGCUUUCCUUGGGCAUCUUUAUUUCCAAGCUUCUCUCUGUAUGGUUAUAAAUAUGAGGAGAAUCAGCAGUGCAGAUGACACUGGAGAAAUACUGUAGAUAUUCUACCAAUAUAGUGCUUCUCUGUGCUGCAGGUAAACACUACGCAUCAGUGCCAGAGAAAAGUAGUCAAUACCCAGUGAAAAUGAAGACACUGUUAAUAUGGAGAAUACGACAACAGAACACAUCACCCUAACCAGCUAAAGAGAGAACUAUAAAAUGCAACAAAUGCCAGUAUUACACUCUGCAGUGGCUCCGGUGGAGGGGAGGUUACGUCGCAGUGUGCCUAGCCUUCCAGCAAUCAAGCCAGACAGGCUGAAAACAGCUAAAGCACUGGUAGAGAAAGCAGUCAAGAUGCGGAAAGUGUUUUCAGUGCAGGGACCUUAUCCUGUGAUCCGUGCUGCUUUAUGGGCCAGAGGGUGGGUGGAACGUCGUUUGCCCCAUCCUGCCCAGAAAGCACCUCAUUGCCAUGGCGAUAAGGAGGAGGAUGGUGAUGAUGGUGAUGUCAGUGCUGAUGUUACCGAGAGAGUGGAUGAAGGCGAGAAAGAGGAGAACCUUGAUGACAUGUAUGACCUCAUGUCUCGCAUGGUUCGAAAUGAAACAACAUAUUUCUACUGGACGACACGUCGGGAUUACAUAGACUGUCGCUCUUUACGGAAUGACCAGACGACCAAUCACUAUGCAAAUGCUGGAACGUUUACUACCAAGGUGGGGCUCUGUGUGAACUUGCGUAACCUUCAGUGGUUUGAUACAGCAGAUCCUGACACCUUCUUCCCAAGAUGUUACAGGCUUGGGGCAGAGGAUGAGAAGCGUGCAUUCAUAGGGGACUUCAGGAGGACGGCAUGCUCCAGCCUGUUGCAGCAUGUGGUUGAGACAAGUAGAUGGAGGAGAGAGGGAGCAGAGGUUGAGAAACAAAAUGUCAAGAGCAGUUUCUCUGAAGAGAUAGAAAAUGUGGAGCAGCUAUCUGUUGGUCCGGGAGUGAUUGACACAGCUUUACAAAUGUGUCAAGAGUUUCUCAAUGUUUUAGAGCACGGUGACAUUGAUGUGACUGUGGAAACACCCCCCUCAGUGGAGGAACAGCAGUGGGCGGAGUUUCUGCGAGAUUACUACAUGGUUGUGCAUGACAGUGCAUUGAUCAGGGGUAGCAGUGUGUUUGUGGAGCGCUGCCAGUCCAUGUUGGCCAGACUACAGGAAGUUUGUCCUCAGCUGGACACAGAUGGAGUAAAUAACAUCUGGAUCAUCAAACCAGGCGCUAAGUCAAGAGGAAGAGGUAUAAUAUGCAUGGAUCGCCUGGAUGACAUUUUAGCGCUGGUGGACACUGACAGAGCCUUGGCUAAGGAGAGUAAGUGGGUGGUUCAGAAAUACUUGGAACAUCCUCUGUUGAUUCAUGACACCAAGUUUGACCUCCGUCAGUGGUUCCUCGUCACCGACUGGAACCCUCUGACUGUCUGGUUCUACGGAGAGUGCUACCUGCGGUUUUCCACUCAGCCCUACUCAACAAAAACCCUGGACAGCUCAGUCCACCUGUGCAACAAUUCUAUCCAGAAGCACUUCCAGCCAUCCUGUGACCGCCAUCCAGGAGUGCCUGAGGACAAUAUGUGGUCCUGCUCCCAGUUUAGAGCUUUUCUACAGCGGCAGGGCCAUGGGGCAGAGUGGGAGUCAGUGGUGGUCCCAGGCAUGCAGCAAGCUAUAGUGCGUGUCCUGCAGACAGCCCAGGACCUGGUAGAGCCCCGCAAGGCAAGUUUUGAGCUCUUCGGAGCUGAUUUUAUGUUGGGCAGAGAUCUGAGGCCUUGGCUCCUGGAGAUCAAUGCCAGUCCAACUAUGGCCUGUUCCACUGCUGUGACUGCUCGCCUUUGUCCUGCUGUGCAGCUGGACACACUGAGGGUUGUGCUGGACCGACGGACCGAUCCCAGUGCUUACACAGGAGGCUUCCAUCUAAUCUACAAACAGGCUGCAGUUGAAGUUCCACAGUAUGUGGGAGUGAACCUGUUGGUGGAAGGAGCACCCAUAAGGCGAUCCAGACCUCCACUACAAAGACAAACAGUUAUUUCUAACACACCUCUCGCUGUCCACUUCCCAUCAGAACACUUGUCUUCAGAGGAGGUUGAAAACACACAUAAGCCAUCAGGUCAGAAGUCCUGUGCAGUCUCUGCUUUUCGCCGUUCAGGCAAGGAGAACCGAGCUGUGGGAGAGAAAAAGAGGCAGCUGACAUCAGAUUCUCCAAAGAGGGAGCAAGAGGGGAGAACAGAGGUUCAGAAUACCUCCUGUGUUCGCAGAUCCUGCCGCAGUCUGGUGUCUGAACAGCCUCUGAUCAUACACACUGAACCAUGGAGGAAAGCACGACGUUUGGGUCUGAGUCUCAAUGGGGCAACUCUGGUCCCACGGAGCCUUUCCUUUUCCCUCAGCCCCCCUCACAGCUUUUCAGAUUGUAAAACCCAAAUCAAACCAGGCCGUCGAUCACAUAUCUCUAGAUCCUUCCUCCCCCUGGCAGCUUCUGAGCCUCAGCACAGGACUUCUACCCGGCUCUUUCCUUCCCUCCAGGGUCAGCUCCCUACCCUGGAGGUCUUUAGCUUGCGACCAAACAUUGUGGCAGGAACUGUUGCCUGUCGUAAUCCAACCUUUUUCUCUCAUUCCAGCGUCCACAGGCAUCAGUUAUUCCUCCACUCUUAUAGGCAAACUGUGACCAAAUGUAAAGGAGACUGCACAGGAACAGGACACAAACACUAGUGUGAGCAUGUUAAGGGCAAAGAGAGGAAAGUCUAUGCAGGGCAACAGAGUUUAGGAGGUUUUGUCAGCAAUGAUGUCGUUAUUAAUUUAUAUUUCAGCAGAUUGAAAGCCUGGACAACAUAUUACCCUUAUUCGCAAAACAUUAAAGCCCCUGCGUGUAGAAUUUUUAUGAGAUUAUAUCAUUGUUUAAAUGAUUGUGGUGACAAAAGAUUUUGUAGAAAGAUUGUAGAAAAAUGACACAAUCUUGGUGAAAUGAGACAUUUUCAAAUCCCACACAUAGGGGCUUUAAAUAUACAAUAUAUGGUUAAAUAUGGGUACUUUUACCUCACGUUCAGAGUAAAGUGAGACACAUACAAUAUAUUUUAAUGCUAAAUUUGAAUAAUGUCUUAUUCUAAAUAUAUGUAGAUAUGUUUUAUGAUUAUUAUCUUAUGAAUAUAACUACAAUCACUGUUGUGUUGAAGUUCAUUUAUAUUAAAACAAAUAAGCAAAAACAGCUCAUUCAAACAUGUCUCUAAUGUGGUGGGUAUUCUAAGGUGAGUGGGCAGAAAAUAAUGUAGUGAAAUGAUCACUGGUUCCAUCUUUUUGGGAAAACUGGCAACAGGAUGGAGGUAUUUUAGCCCACCAGCAGGUGGCAACAAAAGCCCAAUGAUUAAAGUCUUGCUGAAAGAAUAGGCAGCCCUUCUCCAUUUGUUGCUUCAUUUUGAGCAAUACCUGGUUCAUUAGGUCUUUUAGCCUAAUAAUUGCCACAUAUUUCACCAUAUAAAUGUAAUGCACAGUUUUUGGUGAUAUUUUUGCCUUUAUUGGAUAGAUUCAUAGAAAUAGAAACAGAGAGGAAACACUGGGGGAGGGAGAGACGGGUAUGACAAGCAACAAAGGUCAAACAGAGAUAUUAUGGUUAUAUAUUAUGUGUCUUAACCACUACGCCUCCAGGACACCCCAACUGCUGAAAUAAAUAUCAAAAUCAUAGUUUAACUAUUGCAAAAUGUCAAAUGGGUAGGCUGCACCUCUAAAAUUAGUUUGCAAAUGAUGUCUCAUGGCAGCAACAAAAAUGCAACUCCCACUUGAACAACUGAAUUCAACUGAACUUCAAGAGAAUCAGUUUAGCGGGAACUAAUGACGUUUAGGUUGCCGUUCAUGGCCUUGCACUUCAGUUUAUACAAAACCUUUCGUGUAGAAUGAAAUAACACUCCUACAGCUCAGACAAAAAUGAUAGUGGAAACAAUAAUAAUAUGUGGUUUCUGUAGUUGAACAUUGACACUGGGCUGGGCCUGUGUAGACAUGCAAACAUGUUGAUAUCUGCAGUAUGAGAUAACAUGUGACUGUAAGUACUAUCACACAGCUGUAAAAUGCUCACAGAAUGCAGUACGUAGUUGUGAUUUAUGCUUCUACAUGUUUUAAGGGACUUCUCCAGUAUGAAUGGUAGGAUGUGAAACUGGCAUUUCAUAAUGCAUACAGUCAUAUGAUACAAUCAUACAGUCAAUAAGACAUGAGGAGAUGUCAUCCUGUCAGGCUGUUGACAUGAUGCAGAUGGAUCCUGAUUAUUGCCUCAGGAGAUUAACCGAAACCGUUUACAAUCAUGUGUGUUUACUUGUUGUUGUAUUAGCGGGCACAGACGGUCAACCAGCAGGAGAUCUGGGCUACAGAUCUGCCAUUAUAUAAGUGUUCCCUGUCAUAUGAAUGUUGCGGUGCCAUAAAAGAACAAAAUCUGAACAGAUUGUAUUUCAUUACUAGAUGUGUUCACACACACUCUCCUUCUUUCUCACACACAUAUAGUCAAAGCCAUUUUCCACGGGAAAAAAAUACUUUAUUAAUACACUUAUAUAAUGUAUAUCAACAUUUAUAGACAAAAUAUGUACAUCAAACAUCUUUCAUGUAGGUCCCAAAAUAUAAAAUCUCAAGUACCUCUUUCUAUAGAAAACUAGUCUUCUGGUAAAACGUUUACAUUCACUUCUCUUCUCCUCACUCCUUUGACUCCAGUAUUCAUAUGUAGUACAGAGAAUAAACAUCUGAGAUUUAUUAGCUUUUCACAA